CGAAUCGCGAAAAAGGUGGUUCAGCGUUCAUUGUUUUGCGUGUGCAUAUUUUCCGUUUUCGAUUCUCAAUAUAAUCCCAGUUUUUGGAUCGGAUAAUCCGUGAAGAUUUUCGCGCGUGGCAAGAACUCUAUAAAACCAAGCGAGUAGUGUGAUCGACACCAUGGGCGGCAAGAGAACUAAAAAUAACACCAAGCCGUCCAGCAGCGGCCGCAGUGCGGAAAUGCUCGGUAGUACCGUGCCUACCUUGUUCGGUUUCACCGCUCUCGACAGUAGUAAGAUGCCGGUGGUGCCAAGUUUUGUUCAGAUCGAAACUCAUGGCGACGACAUCGAUCCGAAUCUAGACGACACAUUUCAGAUAGUGCUGAAGAAGAUGCUCAAAAAGGAUCCUACAACGAAAACUAAAGCACUCCAGGAAUUUACCGAGCUAAUCGGAAAGUCGGAACUGGAUGUAGUGAAGUCGGUGUUGCCGUUUUGGCCACGUCUGUACAGUAACUUGUCUACGGACGUGGAACAUCGAGUUCGGGAAACGGCUCAGCAAGCUCAAGCUGCUAUCGUGACCAAGGCAGGCAAGAAUAUUGCUCCGUUUUUAAAACAAUUGGCGCCGGCUUGGAUUUCGGCGCAGUACGAUACCUACGCACCGGCAGCCAGCAUGGCCGGACAGUCGUUUAGUAGCGCUUUUCCUCCCAGCAAGUUGCGUGAAGUGUUUGUGUUUUGCGAAAGCGAAAUUCUCGAGUACUACACGAAGCAUCUAACAGUGCACACGGCGAUCACGCUGAGUAACCCAAAAUCACACACUCCGGAGGAAUGCGAAAACAAGUACCAGCGUGUGCUGAUAGCCAGUCUGCGUGGAUAUGCUUUGUAUCUCAGUAAAAUGCCAGAAGAGCAGCUGCGGAAGUCAGCCGACCAAAAUGGGCUACUCCUGGAUAAUCCGAAAUUCUGGUCCUACCACAAGCAUAAAACUCCAGCCGUUCGAUCGGCUUGGUUCGAGGUGAUAUCCACUCUACUUCAGUACGGAACUUUCCUGAUCGAAAAACACCAGCAACAAAUCACGACCAGCGUGUUCCAAUUCAUGGACGAAACUGAUCCAACGGUUGUGACGCACAUUUGGAGCUCGAUUGUGCUCGUACAAGCUAAAAUUCCAAAUUGGCACACGUACCUCAACUUCGACAAGGCAGUGUUCCCCAAAUUGACCAAGGUUUUGCGAACGGGAGCGAGCGGGAAUGCAGCCUGCGUCUUUCCACACAUGCUGCCGUUAGUAUCGAAGUUUACGCGUGAAGUUCUCGGCGACAAGAUGGAAAAAUUCCAAACGUUGUUCUUUGAUGGAUUUAACGAAGGACUUAAGGCGGUUCAUUCGAGCCGGACGGACAUCACCGCCAUCUCGCAAGCUUACUACGAAGUGUUCCAAUAUGUGGUGGUUCAAACCGUGAAAGAUGAUCGAAUGCAGUCCGACGAAAUCGACAGUUUCUGCGAAAGAAUGCUUGAAGAUCAUCUAGUUAAAGUGAUUGAGUGGUGCAUUACAACGGAAACAUCGAGUGGGCGAUUUAUUUUCGGUAACAUUGCUUCGCUGCUGGACUACUGGUGCCAGUAUAGUGCCAACGUGAAGAUCUACGAACAAAUUUUGGCCAAAUUCUGGAACCGUCUAUUUGAAGUAAUUGAACAAAGUGUCAACCGUUCCGAAGCAAUCGAACAAGUGUCCCAAUCGCACACUGAAUUGGUACAAAAUCUUAAGCGAACCUCCCACAAGCGUGUCAAAUUUACAAGUGAUACCACCGAACGUCAAACUUCGGACCCAAAUCGCCAACAUGCGCACCGCUUCGAAGAUCAGCUGCAAACUUUGGUGUACAAAAUUUGCCGCCUCUACAUGGAUCGUAUCACUAAAACUCGCAACCAAGCGCUGGUUCUACAGCUGGAGAAUCUGAUUCGGCAGUUUCAAUGUCCGCAGUUGUUCCAAUUUCUCGCCAGUGGUGGCGGCGACGGUGGCGAAGGAACAAAACUCAAUUGUUUGUUCGAAACGUUUGCCGCUGUCUGGUUGAGUGACGAACGACUACAGUCGGAGUACAUAGUCGAGAUUGUAUUGAUUGUGUACAAAUACCUACCGGAGGAGGAGCGGGUGACGAUGCUGAACAAAUGGAUAAAGAUUGCGAACAAAACCGUGCAACAAUGGUUGAUACUGCGCGCCCUGAGUCAUCCCCUCUGCCAGGAUAGGAACAUAACGAAAUUCCUCACCCAAGCCGAGGUUAGCGAAAACCUGAUCCAAUGUUCCCGGGCGGUCACGCAAGGUGAUACGAAGGAGAAUAUGAUUCUGCUGCACAAGUGUUUCCUCAUUUCGGAUAGUGGCGAAGUGCUCAUCGAUCCGGCAACGUGCUCCAAGAUUGUUGAAACGAUUGCCACUCCGUUGAAGAAUGACGGCGAAAUCGAACUGAAGGAUACGUGCGCUAGCUUUUUGGCGCAAAUCAUGCCGGUCGUCUGCGGUGAUAGUCGUCAGGGAGAACUGCAGCGACGAAUGUUUACGAUGCUGUUCGAUUUUAGUGCUGAAAAUAGCGUGAGCGAUUAUUUGUCGGAGGACACAUUGUGGGAGGUAACGACUGCCUGGCAGGAUGCACUGUCCAGCGAUGAUUUGGCACUCGACCAGGAGUUGAUUGAACAGUGCGCAGGAAUUGUGGACAAGGAAUUGAAGAUAUUUUCCGCUGGGGAAAGCAUUAAUUUGGAACGAUUCGAGAAGCUGGCGGAAAUCUGUACGAAGUUGAUGAUGUGUUCGACGGAAUCGAUAAAACGGAGUGAACCGGAACGUUGCAAGCAGAUUGAUGUGUUGUUUGGAAGCGUAGUGGCGAAGGCUGCGAGCGAGCAGGCGUCAUCCAAGGAUUUGAUGGAGAAGCUAGCGAUCUACGUUGAGCUUUUGAAUGGGGGGCUGAUGGCCAAAACGGGCGAGUAUAGAUCGGAUUUAUCCACGGAGGCAUUCACAAAAAAUCUUCGGCAGUUGUUGGUACGAGAGCUGUUUUGCUUGAAUGUGGUGUUCAAGUUGAGUUGUAAUCCCAAACGGAGGCCGUCUGGCAAUAGUGAAAGCAGAAUGCAUCACGAUGGAGAGCUGACUAACGAGUACGAUGCAGGAGAUGCGCAUAUGGAUGAUGAGGAAAAUCUGAUUCACUGCUGGUCGGAAUUGAUACACCAGAAGGUUCUAGCUGUGAUAUAUUCGAUCGCGAUUGGCGAUACCCUUUUGUAUAGCACAAAUGAUCUUGACGACACUGUUGAAACGCUUAUAAUAAGUUUGCAGGAGCGACUGGCGUUGCUAUUGAAGAACUUGCCUUCCGGAAUUUUGGACGCGAUCAAGCAGCGCCUGUUCCGGCUGGCAAAUGAAUCGGGACUGCUGUGGGCAAAAUCACUCGUCUCGCUACUGGAGACUAAUCAAUACUCCGAUGUUGAAAAUGGAGCGGUCCUGCUGUACGAAGAUGCCUCCACUGUUGUCAACAGUGAUGAUUUGAUCACCUACAUCAAUAUUUUGCAGGUUCUUUCGAGAAAAAUGGCUCCCAAAUGUCUACCAAUCCGACCGAACUUGUUCGAAAAUUACUUCGACAUCUUGGUGAAACUGGCCGCCAGUCGAAGCCUGAUCGAAAACCACUUCAGUUCCAAUUACAACGAGCUUGGCGAUAGGAAAGUCAUCGGCAACACGCUGAUAGUUUUGCACGAAAUCAUCAGUAAGCACAAUGCUAGCAAGUGUUUGCUUUACAAUUGUGACCUUUCGCAAGUGGACGCAGGAAAGCUCUAUUUGGACACCGAGCUGGCGAAUGUUUUGGCCAUUGUGAUGCCCCAUUUUGCAUCCGAGCUUGAUAUUGGCAAGUGGGACUUUGUGAGAAUCGCUCUAAGCUCGUGGACCCUGACCGUGUCUAAAAAUCAUCACAACUUUAGAUCGAACAAUAUUUCCAUUUUCAUCGCCGCUAUCUUCAGAUUGUUUAGUGCUGUAUCGAAGUUCUUCGAUGAGGAGAAAGCCAGAAGUUCCACUGAACUACUGACCAACGUUAUUGAGGAAUGGGACAACGUGUUCGCCAAGGACGUUAAUCUUGUACUACUGAAAACGUACAUCAACAUUGUCAAGGAUAUUGAUCGCACGAGAAAAUCUGACGAGUACUUCCUGGACACAAUCAGCCCUCACAUCGAUUCAAUCGAUUUCAAUUACGUACUUAAGGCCAAUAAGGUUGAUUCGAAAAUCUCUCUCGAUGAUCUGAUCGACUUCGCGCUGGCCAACGUCAAUCACUGGAACGCCCGGAUCCGGGUGUCUGCCGCAGCGAUUCUCCGCAAUCUCUCGGCCGGACUCAUCCAGCGUGAUGUGGAACAGCUUCAGAGGCGUCACGAGACGGUCGAACAGCAGCAGAAGAACCCCGAAGAAACCGACGACAGCUGGCAUCUGCUGCAACGUUUCAAGGUCAAAGUGGAAGAAUUUCAACCAGCCGUUAGUGAUUUUGUAGCGGAGUUCAACUACAAGAUCAACGAAACGGAAGAUGUUCCGGCACAGGCCGUAUUGGGCAGGGAUCGAACGAUAGCGUACCUCCUGCUGUGGGACUGUAUUUUGGAAAUCUGUGCCAAAUCACCAUCCGAGCUGCGAUCGAUCUAUGCGUCGUGGAUUACCGUGAACCACUACGACCAGGUCUUACUUCCCGCACUGUUUAGGCUAAUGCCCAACGAAAUACUGAAAAAUCCAGAUUCUGGGGCAAUAUAUGGACAGACUAUGUUUGCCAAAUUAGAGUGGAACCAAAUCAAAAGCAUUUCCCUGAAACCGGAACGCUAUGCGUGCCACCUGUAUACGCAAUCGUUGCGCUUCCUGCCGGCUGUUGUACGCCGUUGGUGGAACGGAUUGAAUCACCGGCAUGCGGCCAUUGUCGGUAAGGUUACCAGCAACUGCGUUUCGAGUCUGCUCUGUCAGGAUGAAUUCCAGUCGUUGAUCGAGAAAAAGGACAAACAGGACAACAUGCAGAUUAAGGUGCACGCUGCUGCACGCCAGGUGAUGGCAGUUUACUCCAUCGAUGAAGCGAAGGUUGAACUGCACAUAACACUACCCAAUAACUUCCCGUUGGGGGCGGUUACCGUCGAAGGUGGAAAACAAAUCGGUGGACGACUGCAGUCGCGACAGGUUGUUAUGCAGCUUUCCAUAUUCCUAACGCAUCAGAAUGGUUCCAUUUGGGAUGGUUUAUCGCUGUGGAAGCGCAACUUGGACAGGAAAUUCGAAGGAGUCGAAGAAUGCUACGUGUGCUACAGUGUCAUUCAUCAGGAUACCUGUCAGCUACCGAAACUGUCGUGUAAGACGUGCAAGAAGAAGUUCCACGGUCCCUGCUUGUAUCGGUGGUUCAGUACGAGUAACAAAUCUACGUGUCCUAUUUGUAGGAACAUUUUCUAAAGUAUUUAUUUUGAAGCAAUUAUCCUCGGUAUAGAUUUAUGAUAGAAAUAAA